AUGGACAUAUUUAAAGCGACCUUUUCAAGAAUCGCAACCUUGUUUGAAAUACUCAGGUAUGAGAGAUACUCUCAGAAGACAGGCUGGAAAUUUGAUAUUGUAGACGUAACAGAGUCUGAUCUGAGAGGAUACAAAGAAGCUAGUGCAGAAUUCUCAGGAGCUGGUGUCUAUGGGAAACUUAAAUUUGAGAGCGGAAUUCAUAGAAUUAAGCGUGUUCUUGUGACAGAGAAGUCUGGACGAGGUCAUACCAGUGCUGUCUCUGUUCCUAUCCUUCCUCAGGCUGAUGAGGUAGAUUUCCAGUUGAGGAAUGAAGAUUUGGGGAUUGAUACUUAUAGAUCUGGUGGUUCAGGUGGUCAGCAUGCAAAUACCACCAAUACUGCUGUCCAAAUAAAUCAUAUUCCAAUAGGGAUGACUGAAUCCAUCCAAGAUGAAGGAUCUCAACAUAUGGCUGAUGGUUGUUCGUGAAGUAUCUGUAUCCGACUUUCACUCCAACAGUAGUCUUGUUUAUUGCUGGAACGGUUGCGUAUGGAGUACUUAAGUACCCGCAAAAUGAGAAACUCAAGGACCGAAAUUGAAUCAUGGAUGAAGGCUGAUGGUUUCAGUCGUAAAAUAAGGGAGGACUUGUACGAUAUCCACUGAAUUCUGUACUGUGGUGAAAUUUUUUGCAGUGGCUUCUUCAAUUUCACUAGGACCAAGUCUUUGAAUGCGCUGAAAUUCUAUGGAUGUACGGAUGAUUUCGGUAGUCUAUCAUCACUAUUUUCACAUGUCGGACAUUUGUCUCCUGUUAUCUUUUUGUUUAAGCAUACAAAGAUGAAGAAGAAAGCAGCUGUGCAAUCAGAGGGAGGAAUUAGAAUG